UCCUUCCGUUGUCAGUUGGCUCAACCAGCUACUCUUUUCCUACACAAGUAGACCAACUCCCAACUUCAUGGCGCUACAAUUCCAAUUCAAACUGGGUGGUUCAACAAAUUGAGGAGGAGAAAUGUAACAUCUAGAAGAACAUGCGUAGAAUGAUUUCAUUACUCUGAAAGGAAAUCUCUCUAGAAGUAAAGAGCAAAGAGCACUAUUUUUCUUCCAUAUACUUAGAAUCAUGCCUUCCGUUCAUUCAAAACAACCCCAACUCCCCUAAACAACCUCCUCCUUUAAAACCUGAACCCCUUACCUUCUCACCAUCCAGCAAGCCCAAAUGGCCACUCCCUUCAAUGCAAUCUUGGUCCUCUCCAUCCUAAUUUCCUCCUGCCUCUCUUCUGCUGCCCAAACUUGCUCAAGCUACACCUUUUCCAACAGCAAAGUUUUCAGCUCCUGCACUGAACUCCCACACUUGGGUGCCUCCCUCUACCACAACUACACUGCCUCUACUAACACCCUCAACAUUGCCUUCAAAGCCCCGCAAACCUCGAAAGGAUGGAUUGCAUGGGGCCUUAAUCCAAACGGCGCAAAAAUGGUUGGCUCACAGGUCAUUGUUGCGUUUUUCCAUUCCAAUGGGAGCAUGGUGGCCUAUCCAACACAGCUUGAUAGCUAUGCUCCUUCAAUGGCUCCAGAGAAACUAAGCUUCCCGGUGUCCGACGUGUCGACCGAGUACAUUAACAAAGAGAUGAUCAUCUUUGCAACCUUGGGGCUGGUGGGUGGAGGAUCCAAGUUCAACCAUGUGUGGCAGGAGGGCAGCACUGUCUUGAAUGAUGUCCCAGAGGCUCACUCCACCACUGGGGAGAACAUUCAGUCCCUAGGGACUAUUGAUUUCCAGUGAAAGUAGUAUCACAGCAUGUCAUUCUGGAAAUGAUAUAGCUUUACAGUUUACAGUGCUGAGUGUUUGCCCAUUUGGUGCAUUGUAUGAGGCCUGUAUGUGCAUCACUUGUUUGUGCCUUCAUAUACAGUGGUUUAUCAUCUAUCUAGAAGUUCUUGUAAUUGUUGAGAAACCGGGUCUAAAAUCUUGUGUUUGCCA